AACAACUUGUACCAACUUCAUACCACAGCCCGACACUGCUAGUCCUAGCCACUACCAGAAACCUCCCCCUCCCCCGCCGUUGCCUAAGGGUUCAGCUUCUUAGCUACACAUCCUAUCACCAUCUCCGCCUCGUCAGCUCCCAUCAGUCAACAUGUCGCAAAUCACUCCUGAAGUUCUAUGGGCCCAGCGCUCCUCCAGCACCGACCCUGAGAAGAACAUUAUUUUCCUUACCAUCUCCGUCCCCGAUGUACCCAAAGAAAGCUUUAAGCUGGAUCUCCAACCCACAUCUCUGACUUUUGACGGUCACUCGGAUACUCUCAAGCGAACCUACCAUCUCGACCUUGCCUUCUAUGCUGAGAUCGAUGUCGAGAAGAGCAAGGUCCACCACACUGCCCGCAAUGUCGAGAUAAAGCUGCGCAAGAAGGAUCUCAAAGAAGAGUAUUGGCCCCGUCUGCUCAAGGACUCAAAGAAGGUCCAAUUCCUCAAGACCGAUUUCGACAAGUGGGUCGACGAGGAUGAGCAGAACGAGGUUCCCGAAGACGACCUCUCCCAGUUUGGCGGUAUGGGUGGCGGUGACUUCGGAGGCAUCGACUUUUCGAAAUUGGGCGGCGCUGGUGCAGAUGCCGGCUCUGAUGAUGAGGGCGAUGAGGAUGACGACGAUGAUGAAAUGCCCGCUUUGGAAGGCGAGGAGGACGCCAAGACCGAUGCUAAGGCCGACAAAUAACCUGGGGAAAACAUCGGACAUGCUUGCGUAUCUUAGAUCUCCCUGCCCCAUCCUCGACUUUUCACCCCCUUGGUCUGAAUAAAAAGUGUUGUUUCUGUUUCACGGGUCAGUCCAGUCCACACUUCUACGGUACAGUUCGGCGGCGCAUAGAACAGAAACGGCGAAAGGGCAACUUUGGUCUCAACUUGUGUAUCGUUUCUUGGGGGUGUUUCCAGGAUUUCAGUUUAGGCGAGUUCGGAAAGGUUUAUGGUACUUUUUUGAUCCCCUCCCGCCUGUUAAUUCGAUAGCCAAAAAUCGAGCAGAGAGAUUCUUGUUUUUUGUUAAGUCUGUUCUUCCACCUAGUUCGCAACGUCUGUCUGGGA